AAGAGGGCGAUGGAGGACGAGCGAUUCGCGGCGGCGCGCGCGGACCCGAGGUUCCGACCGAUGCGGCGGAAGGAGGCCAAGGUGGCCCUCGACUCGAGGUUCAUGGCCCCCAUGCUCACGGACCCCAUGUUCGAUUCCUCGGCAGCGCCGGUGGACAAGCGCGGCAGACGCCGCAAGAAGAGCGCCAGGGACAGGGAGAAUCCCAUGCUGCAUUACUAUCUCAGCCAGGAGGAGGGGGACGAGGAAAAGACAGAACAAGAGAAGCUGAUUUGUCAAGAGGAGGAUCAUGAGGUGGAAGAAGAGGAUGGGCUAGAGGAAGAAGAGAGUUCCAGCAGCGAUGGUGAGGAGGACGGCGAUGACCAGUACUCUGUGGGCUGUGACAUUGCACAUUACUUGUUGGCGGGGCAUGAUGAUACACCUGUAAUUGACAAGGAAACUCACAGGCUUGCUGUUGUGAAUAUGGACUGGGAUCAUAUUAAGGCGGUGGACUUGUAUAUGGUCAUGACAUCCUGUAUCCCAGAAGGUGGGCGAGUUGUAUCAGUUUCGAUAUAUCCAACAGAAUUUGGACUGAAGUGCAUGAAUAUUGAGGCAACUCAAGGCCCUUCUGCUCUUAUUGGCGCUGAUGGUGAUGGUGAUGGGGAUGAGGAUGGGGAAGAUGAUAACAAUGAUGAUGACAAUGAUGAUGAUGAUGAUGGCGAAGAAGAUAGUGACCUUGACUAUGAGACUGAGAACAACAAGCUCCGUACUUAUGAGCUAAACAAACUCAGGUACUACUAUGCAGUUGUGGUGUGUGAUUGUAGUACAACUGCAGAUCACCUAUACACAACUCUUGAUGGCACUGAAUUCUUGAAAACGGCAAAUGUGUUCCAUUUGCAGUUUAUUGAUGACUCCAAGGAGUUCAAAUAUCCUGCUCGUGAUGUAGCUACAGAGGCACCUCUGAGUUACAAGGCGCCUGAUUUUGAGACUCCUGCUUUGCAGCGUACCAAAGUUAAGUCCACCUGGGAUGAUGAUGAACCAGAGCGUAAGAUCUUGAGGCAAAAGUUCAAACAUGAGUUUGAUGGCUAUGGUAAAUAUAUAGCAAGUGGUGACAGUGCAUCAGAAGAUGGUGUAGAUGAUUCCGGUGACGAGUCUCUGCCAAAUGGUGUAGCGAAAAGGAAGUUAACAAAUGAGGAAAGGUUGGCUCGCUUACUACAGCAAGGAAAUAAAUCUGAUGAGGAACAAACAGAUGACGAGGACAUGGAGAUAACAUUCAACACGGGGCUCGAGGACCUCAGCAAACGUAUCCUUGAGAGAAAGAGCACUGAGACGAAGACUGUCUUAGAGAUGCACCAAGAAAAAAUGAAGGAGAAGCGGAAGGCUGGAAAGAGGUGGUCAAAGGAUGACGAUGGCUGUAGCGACCAAGAUAGCGCUGAUGAUUUCCUUGACGACGAAAAGUCGGACGAAGAAGUUAAGGCCAUAAAGAAACCGAAGGUGAAGAAGGCCAAAGGGGGAGGAAAGGACGAGUCUCGAGAGGAACAUUAUGAACCAGAAGCAACUAAAGAAGAGUUGGAGCUCUUGGUUGCUGCUGGCCAGGAUGCAGCCAAUGGUGCAAAGGGUUAUAACAUAAAACGCAAGAGUAAAAAGGGCAAGAAGGGCAAGGAUAAUGUCGAGGACAAACUUGGUGAAAUCGAUGUUAGCAAAGAUGAGAGGCUCUCACCCAUGUUCACGUCUCACCAGUAUGCAUUGGAUCCUACUGAUCCCCGGUACAAGAGGAGGGCCGCCUUGGUGCGAAAACAAGCUGGGAAGAAGCGGGCGCGUGUAGGCACAUUGGAUAGUGAACCACGUAUGGAGCCACAGGAUGAUGCAUCUCCUAACAAGGCCAAUUGGAAACGCGACACCGAGAAUCUGCAGAUGCUAUCUGCUGUCAGUUCUCUCAAGAGAAACCUUGCUGCGUUCAUUCAUUCAGUCUGAUGGAUUUGCUUUAGGAUAGCUUGAAGGUUCAUCUUCUGUGUUAUGACAGCACAAUGAUCCAGUUUUGUGCUGUUAAGCUGAAUAUAAUUAUCCUCGACGUUUCCUUAUUCCUUACUUCAAA